AUGUCUAGCCCAGCUUAUCCUGACCUGGACAAAGAAAAGCUGGCUGCCGCUAUGCCUAGAAAGGCUACGGUAAAAUCUAAGCAUCUAGUUUGCAGUGAAUGUGCAACGCCUCUCCCUGACGGAUCAAGGAAGAAGAUGUGCAGUCAGUGUACCGCAAAUUCUUUGGAAAGAGAUAAGCAAAAAGAUAUGCAAUCUUUCCUAACCUGGUUCCAAGAAAAUCUGGCCCAGACCUUGGAGGCGAUUAAGGAGUCUAAAAAGGCGGAAUCCCCGAUACAACAAAGGAUCAAGAAAAGAAGAAGGUCAUCGUCUACAUCUGAAAGCUCAUCUGGGGAAUUUAUUUCCUCAAUUGAUUCAGAUGAUUCAGGAUCCUCUUCAAGUGAACCGGUUGGGUUUCCUUCAGAUGAAAUUCGAAAAUUUAUAAAGGAAGUAAACCUAACCAUCCUACCUCAGGGUUCUGAGAAUCCUAAAAAAAGGUUUUUUGUGUUCAGCAAAGCCUGGUCGAUCUCAUUUUUAGGGAAUGGAGAAACCCUGAAAAACGUGCCUUUAUUUCCAGACACUUCAAGGAUAUCUUCAGACUGGCUGGUGAUUUUAUUUGGGAAGAUCUCCCAAAGGUAG